AUAAUAAGUCUUCGCGAUUUAUAUCAAAUGAUAACUCCUGUUUUUAACGUUGCUCAAGAUCAAACAUCUGUCACGAUUAAUAUUCGUGCACCUUUCAUAAAGACAUCGAACUGUAUAGCGAUGGUCCUGACUUUACCUUUCACGCAAAACCCUAUUAUUUACGGUCGUCUUCAUUUUCCAGGUAAUUUAGUAGAGGAUGAACGUGUUAAAGCUUCAUAUGACAUAGCAAGUGGCGAAAUACUAAUGCAGAUACCGAAAGAAACGCCAGGAGAGGAUUUUCCGGAUCUGGAUUUAUUGACAAAACUUUUGGCUCCAAGAAAAAUUAAAGUUCCCGAAAAACCAUCUAUUGAGGUUGUCGGGGAGAUCGAUGACUCUGAUGAUCUUAAUGAUGAUUUCAUGAAACGAUUAGUUGAGAAUUUUGAAAAUAAUUCCGAUCAAAAUAAGAAAUUUGAUAAGCCUUUAAUUCAGGUCAUCGAAAAAUCUGACGAUCCUGAAACAGAAAAAAUACGAAAGCUAAUAGAAGAAGCGGAAUCUUUUGAUUGGGAGUUACCGCAACAAAUUCCAGACGAAAAGUAUAUUCUCCCAAUGACUGCUAGUUAUGGGUUUAACAGACUUUAUUCCGGUUAUUUCACGCAUGUGCAAGAAACAUGCAACGAAAUUAUCGAUAUAACUGGUGUAGAGUUUUCUACAUUUGAAUCCCGUCGUCAAGAUAGAAUCAAUGCUGAAAAUGUCAAGUUUGAUCCAGAUCAUUAUAUUGCCGAUUUUAUGGGUGCUCAGGAAAUAAAACAUCUUAUAAAAUACAAGACUAAUUGGGCGAAACUACUUAAGCGAAUACAACAGAUCAAUAAAAAUAAUGCAAGCGCGGAAGAUGAUAAGAGUUCAUGUGAUACUCCAAUUUUCAUAACACAGCCAAAACCUGCUUCAUUCACAACAAAUGAUGAAAAUAAUAAAGACAGUGUGAAAUUUACCGAGAAAGAAACCUUGAUGAUGAUGAAUUUACCAAACAAAACAUGCAAGUAUUAUUACCUUAUACAAAACACAGACGCGAUAUAUUUUGGUUUAGUUGAUCUAUUAUACGCCUAUAGUUACAAUAAUAGAGUAUAUGAAGGCGAGAUUACGGUAGAAUCCGCGUGGACAAUUGGAAAAUUAAGUCCAAUAAUAUCAUGUCUCGAGGAAUUUAACUCCCUCGAAGAAACAAUUAUUGCAUUAUUUCGUCGAUCAUUAGCGUAUCCAUGGCAUCGAAAUUUUGAAUUAUCAGAAAAGUGUCUUGACGACGUAUAUGUCCUUUUAAAAUUAGGUCGACGUACCAUUUUGAAAGUUUUGCUUGAAAUAAAAGAUAUAUUUGAUCACCAUGAUGUUUAUUACAUAUAUUCCAAGAUAUGGCUGGAUGAUUAUUGUAUUUGGUGUCAAACUAAAGCCAAUGAUAAGGUUAUUCGGUUAUUAGCACAUAAUGUUCAUCAUUUCAAAGUGCCAAAAUCUAAAAUUGGAUGGCAUUUGGAGGAGUAUGAACAAUUAGCAUUAGAUGAUCAAUAUGAAAAUCAAUAA